UCAGCUUCAGUUGUUCAUUGUAGUACUUUUAGUAAUUUAUGGUUGUACUAAUUAGCAAUUUCUUGAAUGUUGCCAUAGAAUUUAGCUAAUUAAACAUUGGUAAAUCUCGUUCUAACUAUCAGAUAUUUUACUUUGAUAGUUUAGGGGAAACGUACAACGCACCGAUUCACUGUUUACGUCUGGAAAUGAAUAUCAGAUGACACUGUCAUUUAAGACAUCAAUAUCUAUAAUCUUUUAAAGACAAGAGAAAAAUGUUUUACAGAAAAACCGAGAAGUAUUUCUUGUGAGCGUGCUGUUUCCUUCAUUUUCUGGAGCCUGUACAAGAUGAUUUUGUAUCCCAGUUAAAUUUGGACUGAUUUACAAAGAACCUUGAUAUCCCUCUCUCUCUCUUUCGGAGAGGCACAAGCACCUACACGCACAUGUACACAUACGGCAGUAACUUCCGCCUGCCGAAUUCAAUCACAAAGCUUCGGUCGGCUCGGAGCUAUAGCGGAAGACGCCUACCCAAAGUGCCACGCAGUGGGACCGAACCCGAAACCAUGUAGCUAGGAAGCAAGCUCCCUAACCACACAGCCAUGCCCGAAAUCAACAGUGAUGAAAGUUCAUGAAAAUAUUGCAUCAGAAAAGUUUUGAUCAACAUAGGAGUAAAUAAUAAAAGGUAAAAAGUAAAAAAAAAAGUCCAAAUAUUUUCAUGAGAAAAAAAUUAUUGCAGAAGAAUGGAUUUGCCUGAAGAAUCAUCAAAAGGAACAGAGGAAUCAUCAUUCCAUUGUGAUACCUGUAAAAAGUCUUUCUCUCUGAAAAGUAAACUUGAUACACAUAAAUGCAUUCACACAGGUGAAAAACCAUUCACCUGUGAUAUCUGUGGUAAAUCAUUUGCUUUAAGAAGUAACUUAACAAAUCACAUACGUACUCACACAGGUGAAAAGCCGUAUCAUUGCAAUAUCUGCGGUAAAGCGUUCUCUCGCACUAGUAGCUUAACGAGCCACAUACGUACUCAUACAGGUGAAAAACCAUAUCAGUGUAAAGUUUGCGGUGAAUCAUUCUCUGAAACGUAUAAAUUAACUAAACACAAAUACAUUCACACAGGGAAGAAGUCGUAUCACUGUGAUAUCUGUGGGAAAUCAUUCUUUCAAAGAUAUCACUUAAAUUCUCAUAACCGUAUUCAUACUGGAGAGAAGCCGUAUCAGUGUGAUAUCUGUGGUAAGUCAUUCACUGAUGGAAGUGCGUUAAUCGUUCACAGACGUAUUCAUACAGGGGAAAAACCAUAUCACUGUGAUACUUGUGGUAAAUCAUUCUCCCAAUCAAGCCAGUUAACGAUACACAAGAGACGUAUUCAUAUGGGAGAGAAAGGCAAUCAGGCAAAAGUGAUGCCAUACCAUUGUGAUACCUGUGGUAAAUCCUUUACUUAUCCAAGCUUAUUAACUAUUCACAAACGUAUUCAUUCUGGGGAAAAACCAUAUCAUUGUGAUAUCUGUGGUAAAUCAUUCCCUCUAACAAGUCACUUAACACUGCACAACAGGCGCGUUCAUACGAAAGAGAAACCAUAUCACUGUGAUAUCUGCGGUAAGUCAUUUGAUUACGGAAGUACUUUAACUGCUCACAGACGUAUUCAUACAGGAGAGAAACCUUAUCAGUGUAGUGUCUGUAGUAAAUCGUUCUUCCGACGUUACGACCUAACUAGGCAUAUGCGUUUUCAUACAGGUGAAAAGCCAUAUCACUGUAAUAUCUGUGCUAAAUCUUUCUCUGAAAAAGGUCAGUUAAAAAGACAUAGAUACACUCAUACUGGCGAGAAACUGUAUCAUUGUGAAAUCUGUGGAAAGUCAUACACGAGCGGAAGUGCAUUAACUGUUCAUAAGCGUAUUCAUACUGGAGAAAAGCCAUUUCACUGUGACAUCUGUAGUAAAUCGUUCACCCGUGGAAAUGCAUUAACUGCUCAUAAACGUAUUCAUUCAGGGGAAAAGCCAUAUCAGUGUGAUAUCUGUAGCAAAUCAUUCUGUCAAAAUACCCAAUUAACUAAUCAUAAACACACUCAUACAGGUGAGAAACCGUUUCGCUGCGAUGUCUGUGGUAAGUCAUUCACUCGCAGUUAUGACCUAACCAGGCAUGUACGUAUUCAUACAGGUGAGAAACCAUAUCACUCUAACAUCACAGAGAAGUUACAUCACUGCGAUAUCUGUGGUAAAUCCUUCUCUCAAACCUGUUAUUUAACUAUUCACAACCGUAUCCAUACAGGCGAAAGACCUUACCAUUGUGAUAUCUGCGGUAAAUCAUUCUCUCAAACAAGUCAUUUAAAAAUCCAUAGACGUAUUCAUACAGGAGAGAAACCAUAUCAGUGUGAGUUUUGUGGUAAAUCUUUCUUCCAAAAUAGUGAUGUAACUAAGCACAAACGCAUCCAUACCAGAGAAAAACCAUACGACUGUAAUAUCUGCGGUAAGUCAUUCUCUGCUAGUAAUGCCUUAACUACUCAUAAAUACAUUCAUACGGGCGAGAAACCGUAUCAGUGUGAUAUCUGUGAAAAAUCAUUUUCUAGGAAUGGUGACCUUACGAAACACAAGUUAAUUCAUUUCAAAGGAAAGCCCUUUCUCAAUGAUGGGUCUGAUAAAUCAGUCUCUGUAACAAAUGACUCACCGAAUUAAAAACAUUCUCUAUGUAAAGUGGGAGGCAAAUGAAAGAAGACAGAAUUCUAAUCUUGUCUCGGACACAGCAACUUGUCUGCUGCUGGCUCCACAGCAAAAUACAUCCAGUGCACUGUGAACUUCAUGGGGAUAGUUAGGGCAGCCAGCUAAAGAAACCAUGCCCCCAAAAAGGGGAUGUACAAGUGAAAUCUUAUUCCUGGCUUAUCUUGCAUUUGGAUCCUUUUUAUCUUUGUUCUGUGGUUGUAAUAACUAUUGAUUCAUUAACUACAUCAUAUUGGAUUCAUUAUUGAUUGAUUUGGGAUUAUGAAAAUAAAUUGUAUUUUAGACGGAUCAGAUUGUUGUUCAUAUAUGUUUGUCCAUUUUAUUGCAUUUGAUAAAAUUUUACAU